CGCAGCGGUCUCGGCACUUGCAUCUUACCUCCACUUACUGUCCCUGACCCCCGCCUUCAGUCAUGUCUACCAACUGUCGCCGCCGCCUUAUUCGUGAUUUCAAGAGGCUAUCUAGCGACCCGCCUGGUGGCAUCUCUGGAAGCCCAUGCCCCGACAACAUUAUGCUUUGGAAUGCGGUCAUUUUUGGCCCAGUGGAUACACCGUUCGAGGACGGCACUUUCAAGCUUCUCCUUACUUUUGACGAGAGCUACCCAACAAAGCCGCCAACUGUCAAGUUCUUGUCUCGGAUGUUCCAUCCCAACGUCUACGCAAAUGGAGAACUCUGUUUGGAUAUCCUCCAGAAUCGAUGGUCGCCGACGUACGAUGUUGCCGCCAUCCUCACCUCCAUUCAGAGUCUCCUGCAUGAUCCGAAUCCCAAUAGUCCGGCGAACGCUGAGGCCGCGCAGCUGUACCGGGAGAACAUGAAAGAGUACGUCCGACGAGUUAGGGCGACGGUCGAGGAAAGCUGGCUCGACCCAGAGGAGCACGAGAAGAUGGACGCAGAGGUUGUUCCGCCAGAGUCGGCAGCUUGAUACAGGAUCAUUCAUCGGACAUUACGCAUAUUGGCCCGGCGCGAGCAUUAAUAUAAUCAUGUUGUAUGUUAUCCCC